AGCAGCUCUUGACAGAAGCUCCAGUCUCCAGACCGAUCUUGAAGAUGACUCCCUCUGCCAGCCUGCUGCUGCUGCUGCUGCUUGGCCUCUCUCAGGCUUUUCCUGUGGAGGAGGAAGGAAGCUCAGAAGAAGAAGAAGGAGAAGAAGAAGACACUAUUGACAUGACCACCAGGAUUCUGAGCACCAACAACGGCUCCAAUGAGAACCUGCUGGAAGGAGACUUGCUGGCUCCCAUAACCAGAAACGCCAUGAGGUGCUUUUCCCAGAGCUGCUUGUGGAAGAAAGCCAGUAGUGUGGUGACGGUCCCCUAUGUCAUAAACUACCACUUCAGUCAGUCUCAGAAGAACAUGAUCACAAGAGCCAUGAAGGCGAUGGAGAGAAGGACCUGCAUCCGCUUCAAGGAGCGUUCCAGAGAGUACGACUUCAUCAGCAUCGAGAACAGACAGGGAUGUUUCUCUGCUCUGGGCAGAACCGGAGGCAGACAGGUGCUGUCCCUCAGCAAACAGGGCUGCCUCCACCACGGCAUCGUCAUUCACGAGCUCAACCACGCUCUAGGCUUCCAGCACGAGCAGACCAGGAGCGACCGUGACUCCUAUGUCAGGAUCAACUGGCAGUACAUCAAACCAUCAACUGCCUACAACUUCCACAAACAGAACACCAACAACCUGAACACUCCCUACGACUACUCCUCCAUCAUGCACUAUGGAAGAACAGCCUUCACCACUCAGUAUGGGAAGGAGACCAUCACCCCGUACCCCAACCCCAACGUACAGAUCGGCCAGAGGCAGCGCCUGUCCUCCUGGGACGUCAAGAGAAUCAACCUGCUCUACAGAUGUUAACAA